AUGUACGCAUAUGCCGCCUCAGCUAUGGACUGCAAUCCGUUUUCCAGUAUGUCAGCCGAACAGGGCUUCAAGGUGAGUUCCACCGAGGUUUAUAAUGCAGCAUCCACUUGUCAGGUUGCCAUUCAAACGAGAGCAGUGAGGAAAAGACUGCGUCGAUAUUUAUCGCGUCUGGACCAGUCAAAUUUCGACCUAGCCUUCCCACAAUUCGCUCUCAACAGUCCCAUCGUCAUAUUGGUAGAUGAUGACUGGAUGGACAAGAAGCUGGCGAUCGAGCAACUGCUAUGGCAGUCGACUGACUCGACGGUGGAACUUGCCCUCUGGAAUGGAGGGCCCGUGCGCGGAGAGGGAAUAAGAAGUUUUCUGAAUGCAUUUGUCAGCAUGCCUCUGGUGAACGUGGUAUCAGUGGACAUCAGCGAUCAAUGUCUCAAUCUGUCGGAUUAUUUUAUUCACUUUGGAAGCCAUCGUCUGCCCAGAUUGCGUCGUCUAAGCCUGAGUCUGUGUCACGUGAGGAAUGUGCUUAGUACGGCGUGCGUUGAGAGGGAGGUGGGCUGUUUCCCAUCACUGGACUAUGCGAGUGUCCGUUUUGUCAAAGGUUGGUGUCAUAGGUGUUGUUAUUCAGUGCUACGUCAUCUGAGGAACACUAGACAGCUUGCCUUGUUGAAUGACUAUCCACCAAACUGUAGGACAUGCGACCACUCCUCAGAAGCCCAUAUUUCCUUCGAAAACCUCCACAAACUACGAGCAUCUCUGAGGUUUUUGUUUAUUGUGGAAUGGCAUGAGGGAAUCCGAUUUCCCAAUCUUGAAGUUGUGGUUCUGAACUGGUCCGAGGUGUCUGAGUAUCUUGGGCUUAGGUCGAAAUGCAAUUCCUUGUUCCCGGGUGCCCGCAUACACUUUUCCAUCUCGAAGGGAUGUCGAGACAAUGCCCUCAAUGACUGCGGAGCCUGUGAUCUCCGAACCGGUGCUGAUGUGACCCUGGCAUUCGCAGAUCCCAAUGGCAGGUCGUCAUGCCCAUCGGGGACGAGGUUCAGAGGCUGCAGUGAACUCUACCUCAGUGGGGACUUGAUCGUUCCGCUCUCCCUCAAGGAGGUUCAUCUGCAAUAUUGUCUUGAACCCAUCAUCAAUGGUGGUCGUCGUCUUGGCGAGGCCCUUGAGAGGAGUGACAUUGAAGAGAUGAUUGUGAAGAGCGAUGUGGGCAUUUCUCACCUUCGAUGCACCAUAACUUCAGUGAACGGAUCUAUUACGAUAUCACUGAAUGAGAGACCUCCUGGGGCAAGCGUGGCCCACGACUUUGGGGUGGUAGUCAGGCUGAAAUUCCUGCCUAUUUUGGCUGUUCAGAGGAAUACUCUGGUCUCACUCGACAUUUCAGCAGAGUUGCUUCUUGGUUGUCUUAGAGAUGACCAGGUUCUGAGACGGAUUGUGAGUCUUUGUGAUCAGGUGUCAAGUGUACGUGAGUUAGUAGCCAACGGUGGGUCAUUCCUGAGUCGUGGGUGCCUCAGCAUGGAAAGAAUUUCAACUGCUGACCUCCGACCCUUUCUGGAGAUGUUUCCAUCCCUCGAAUACCUUGAAGUAGAUCGAAACAAUUACUUUCAGGGGACCAAUAUCGAUAAUUUCUGCGGUGUUUGUCCGUGCUUGAAAACGCUUGUCUGUUAUUCAGGCAGCUAUGGAGAUGAUUGGAUGGCCAGAAGCAGUCCUCCCUGGAGGCUGGAAACACUCCAGUGGUUACUUGCCGAUGACUUUACUGUUGAACAUCUGUCUGAACUGGCCGACUGUGUGCAGGCACCUUGCAUUCUUCUCUAUCUCUCUGACAGCGAACCGACAUUGGAGAGGGAACAGGUGGAGGCUGUAUUUGCGAGGAUGCCCUGUCUACGCUGGCUUGUUCUGGUUUGGGAAUUACGAAGGCUUACCUGGAUCUGCAGUCAGUCUCUGGACGGCCAGACUGUCGACAUCGUGCCAGUGAAUACGAUGUUUGGGGAGGAUCUUUUGCCAUCGUACCCACAUCUAUAUUCUACGUUCUGGGCUGGACUCAUGAGAGGAAAUCCUAUUCACUACUACAUGAAUCCAUAGAUAGCAUGGUAUUUUGCACAUCUGCGUGUCAUUUUGGACAAGACAUUUUCCACACCAUUUUGCCCCAUGAGUGGAAUAAAAUUGUGUUUCGUGAGCGGUGACUGUAACCGCCAGUAUGUGUUACCGUUAAUGGCAUCUCUCAAUUACUGGUGGGCUACCUCAGACUCUCCCCCUCAAUUAAUCAGCUAGAAAGGACGAGAUUUAUUUGGGGUCUGACCUUCUGAAUGGUGACUUCGACUCAGUUCUCAUUGUAUGGCGCAUUUUGCCUGAUGCUGCAGCAGCCGCUCCAGUCCCCUUCCCCUGGCACCGUUUUGUCGGUGGAUGGCCGCUACAGUCGUUGGCAGGCCGUUGACACACGGCCACCCCCACCCCCGCCGGCCAGAACUGAGGCACCUCCUCUCCAUCUGCAGUGACUUGCAGCUGCCCUCACAAAUCUUUCUUCACCUCACGCCCCUCGGACGGCCUGGCCUGAUACCCGUGAGACAUUGUGAGUAUGCCCCGCCCACCUCCCCUAUUCAUCCUUUAAUCCGUCCAACCACAUGACCGACACUCAGCCAGUCACUUCCUCCUGCUGGCACAGACAAAUUGGUGGCCCCGAGGUGAUUCGAACAGUCGUAUGGUCGCAUCACUUGCCGGCGGAUUGUGUAGUCGGUUCUAUGUGCAACUCUUGUUCUGAGUAGGGCGAGGGAUCUAGCCGGAAACCCACCGCACAUUGAGAAUGCUCCCCUAUGAUAUGGGCUGACUGCCCUCUCCAUUCCAAUUCUCUCGUGGCACAUGACUCCCCUCUACCAAUGCUCAUGGAUAGUUUUUUGGCUCUGAAGAGCUCGCGAAGACGUUUCGUAUCAUCCCCUUUUAAUUGCGAUAGGUCAAUUGGCCGGCCUGACGCAGGUGGUGAUUGUCUCCUUCAGUCCUCAACUGUCACUGGGGUCUACAGUGCUGUGCUCUGCUCCGCAACCUACAUCACAUGCAAAGUCUGCCAUUUGCAUGCCUUAAGAUGUGGCAGCUUGACCGUCGUUACUGACAAUGUGCACAGUGGGCUGAAUCUGCCGCACCCUCUUCCACCUAGAUCCGGUGUCAAGAUGGAGUCGAGGGGACCGGAGGCGCGAGAGGAGGCAGAUGCCUGGCGCGGCGAGUGA